AUGGUUUACAACGUCCCUAUCGUGCUUGCCCUGGUCGGGUUCGCAGCCAUCUUGUACAGGAUUUCGCGAAUAGGUAGGCGCCCGAAGGAUUAUCCACCAGGCCCUCCUACUAAUGCGGUCUUCGGCAAUCUUCUACAGAUGCCCACGAAGGAUGUACACUUGCAACUUGAGAAAUGGUUCAGGAUCUAUGGACCGAUCUACAGUCUCAUGAUAGGGUCUGGCAAGGUCAUGAUCAUUCUUUCGGGCAACACGGAAGUGAAAGAACUCCUCGACAAGCGCGCCUCAGCCACGAAUGACCGCAGUGACCGUUAUAUUGGCCACGAAAUCCUAAGCUAUGGGGAGCGAAUUCUGCUGCAGCCUUAUGGCAAAGUAUGGCAGAAACAAAGGAAGAUGUAUCAUAAGUUAUUGAGCAUAAGCCUCACGCAAUCUUACAUGCCGUAUAUUGAACUCGAAAACAAGAAGAUGAACUAUGACAUUCUGAUGAAUCCAGACCACUUCCUCCGCCACACUAAAAGGUACACAAACUCUCUCACCAUGAUGAUGACAUACGGGAGGCGUACUCCACAGUACGAUGACCCAGAAAUGAGGGAAUAUCUCGAGAUCUUGGAAAAGACCACAAGUAUCAUCCAGUCAAGUGCUGCAAACCUACCCGAUGCCUAUCCUAUCUUCCGCAAGCUUCCCAAGUGGUUAUUACCAGGUGUGAAGACGGCUGUGGAGCACACAAAACGGGAAGAAGCGUUCUACCUGCGAUUAUGGAACGAGGUUAAGGAGAGAUUGGCAGAUGGCACACAGAAGCCGUGCUUCACGGUUCAAAUUUUGCGCGAGCAGGCAAAAGAAGGAUUCAACGACCGAUUCGGCGCCUACAUUUCAGGUGGCUCACUGGAGGCUGGCACCGAUACUACUUCCAACACAAUCUUGGCCUUUAUUCAAGCUAUGGUGCUCUUCCCCGAUGUCCAGGAAAAGGCUCAGGAAGAGCUAGAUCGCGUCCUAGGCGACCGUGUGCCUUCGAUGUCCGACUGGGAGCACUUGCCAUACGUUAGGGGCUGCAUAAAGGAAACCCUUCGGUGGUCUCCUACGACCACACUUAUUGUCCCACACGCAACAUUCAACGACGAAAUGUACCAUGGAUAUCGUAUUCCCAAAUCCGCCGAGAUUGUGGUCAACGCCUGGGCUGUCAACAACAAUCCUAAUAUCUACGAAGAUCCUCGAAGAUUCAACCCGGCACGAUUCCAAAACGAUGCGCAGUCGUCGUUCGAGGCUUCUCAGAACCCCGACGUGUCCAAACGUGACCACUUUACCUUCGGCGCGGGACGCCGUAUCUGUGCAGGCAUUCAUCUCGCAGAUCUGACACUAUUCCUGGGUAUUUCGCGACUCCUAUGGGGUUUCAGGACCACUCCUGCCACCAACAAAGCGACAGGACAGCCGAUCUUGCCUGAUCCGUUGCUGAGAAGUCCUGGACUUGUAUCUAUGCCUGUACCGUUUCCAGCAAGAUUUGAGCCAAGGUCGCCUGAGAAGGCAGAGAAGAUCAAGCGGCUUUGGAAUGAGGCUAGACAGCUUCUGGAUGAUGAGAUGCAGUGGAAGGUGAUUCCGGAGGAAUUGAAGUUCUACCUGUGA